AUGGCUCGCAGCUCGUCUCCACUACCGCCGAUUUCACAAUUGGGCAUUGUGCCUCGAACGCCUUCUCUCAGACAGGGACGACCGCACGACGACAUGGAUGAACUUGCGGGAGACACCAUACCGUGCUCGCCAUCCGUCUUCCUCAAGGACGGCGAGACCACUCAACCGACGCAGGUGCUCAGUCGCCCUGGACUCGCCAUGGUCCGAUCCUCGUCCCCAGCAGCGAGCGUGGUCGAAGUGCCCGCCUCGUCACCGUUCCAGCCGAAGCUGCAGCAGACGCGAUUGGGCUCCCGCCUGGCACCAGCCGGUACAGUCUUUCGCCCACCUCCCCAGACACAGGCCGCUCCCGCGAAGAGACCGACUCCAGAGCCGAUCAAUCUCAUUUCCGACGAUGAAGACGACAUUACCCCUCCGCGAGGCAACAUCCGUCCGACGACGUUCAAAACCCAGAUUGCAGCGUUUGCAUACAAGCCGAUUGACGAGCAAGAGAUGACCAAGCGGCUGCGGCAAAUAUUCGACGUUUUUGGCGAUAGAUUCCCGUCGCACAAGGUUCGAGAGGCCCUUCGGAGUUGCGGAAACGACCUGGAUGAUGCGAUUGCGUGGCUAGAACGCAAUCCCGCAAACGCAAAGCCUGCAAAGUCUACACCAUCUGGCACUCGGCGACUGGUAACCAAGGGACAAAUGAUUUCUCUUUCCAGGGCCCCGUCGCGGUCGCCCUCGCCUUCAGUCGCUUCAGUCGCCUCACUCCCGUCAAGCCCUCCCAGACCACAGCCUCCGCCACCGAGGCGCCGACUCAUGAAAGGCCUAAAGAGACGAGCAUCCACAUCACCAGAGCCUGAGCCAGAAGUAGAAGAAGUACCGGCACCGGCACCGGCCUCGAGCGACGAUCCGCUGGUUAUAGACUUGGUGGACGACGGGAGGGAGGAUACCUACCAAGCAGAAGAAUCGCCAGAGCCAUCAGGGGAAACUGAUGACAAGGUGCUUGCCUGCAUCAACGAAAGUACCUCUCAAGAGCUAGCCGCCAUAACGGGCAUGAAAGAGGACUUGCUCAAACCAAUCAUCGCUAAGCGACCCUUUUACGACCUGAUGCAGGCCAGGAAAGUCAGUGUCAACAAGAAGCCAGGUGUUCGUAAAUCUGCUCGAAUCAGUAUUGGAGAGACAGUUGUGGAUGCCAUUCAGAUAUUCAUGGACGCAGUGACAGCCAUUGAUCAGGUCGUGACGAAAUGCGAGGCCAAGGGCCAGGCAAUCAAAGGCGUGUUGGAGACGUGGGAUAUCAACAUGUUUGGUCGGAACAGACACAGCGCACGAUCGACUCCCUCUGAAGAUGACGCCCCUCCGACACCGACCAGCUUGAGUACUACCAAACUUUCAAAACCGCCGAUUCCUAGUCAGCCACAGAUGAUGGAUGGCCACUGUGUUAUGAGACCCUUUCAGGUUUACGGCUUAAACUGGAUGUCAGUCCUCUACAACAACGACAUUGGCUGUAUCCUAGCCGACGAGAUGGGUCUCGGCAAGACCUGCCAGGUGAUUUCAUUCAUGUGUCACCUUGUUGAGGAGUACGAGAGCAGUCCUCAAGGAAGACGGCCGUGGCCAAAUCUGAUUGUGGUGCCUCCUAGCACAUACAACAACUGGCUUGGCGAAUUUAAGAAGUUUGCGCCAGAGUUAUCAGUGAUAGGAUAUCGAGGGUCUCAAACGGAGCGAAUGGAGAUUGCCUACGCGGUUGAGCAAGAUCCCGAAGGCUAUCACGUUGUCCUGGCGACAUACUCACAGAUUAAUUCCGAAGAGGAUAUCGGAGCUAUGCAGUCAUUCGACCUUAACGCUGCCAUAUUUGAUGAGGGACACAAGAUGAAGAACCCGGAGACAAAGACUUACAAGGAUCUUCGCAGAAUCCCGUCUGCUUGGAAGAUGCUUCUUACGGGCACUCCUGUUCAGAAUAACCUGCUGGAGAUGACCGCGCUUCUAAAUUUCAUCAAUCCCAGGCUCUUUGAUGGUUAUAUGAACCAAAUCAGAUACAUCUUUAGUCAAAAAGUCACGAUUCGCGAUGUUACCAAUGGCGCUUUCCUGUAUAGUGAACGGGUCAAGCGUGCGAGGACAAUUCUCGAGCCUUUUAUCCUCCAACGUCGCAAAGACCAGGUAUUGUCUGACAUGCCUCGCAAGAUCUGUACCGUCGUUCACUGCGACAUGCCUGAAGCGCAAAAGGGAGUAUACGAUGAAUACGAAGAACUAUUCAAAAUGGAGCCAUCCCAACGCGGCGCAAGGGAAUCUCGCGGCCGGCAAAACGAUCAGAACAACGUGUGGAUACAGCUGCGGAAAGCAGCUUUGCAUCCUCUGCUCUUCCGCCGCCAUUUCACAGACAAAAAGGUUACGGAGAUGGCCAAGAUAUUAAUGGAUCGGGUCGAUCAGUCCGAACUCCAUCAACCUGAUAUCAAACAUCUUAUUCAGGAGCUGAAAAAUUCGUCAGACUUUGAGCUUCAUCUUUGGUGUCGCGACUAUCCCCGCUUGCUGAAGCAAUUCGAUAUUGCGCCAACAACAAAAGUCGAAAGUGGAAAAGUCGGAAAGCUCAUGGAGCUGAUUGAACAAUACCAGAAGAACGGCGACCGCGUCCUGGUUUUCAGCAAAUUUUCUCGAAUCAUUGAGAUUUUACAAGAAGUGCUUGCGCAUCAAGACAUUGACCACCGCGUGCUCGCAGGCAGCACUAAUGUGGCUGACCGACAGACACUGAUUGAUGAAUUCAAUCAAGACUCUAGCAUCCCUGUGUUUUUACUGACCACUGGUGCGGGUGGUACCGGCAUCAACCUAACGUCGGCCAACAAGGUCAUCAUCUUUGACCAGUCGGACAACCCUCAAGACGACAUCCAGGCAGAGAACCGCGCACACCGUCUUGGACAGAAGCGAGAUGUCGAGGUGAUCCGGCUCAUCUCAACACACACCAUCGAGGAGCUUAUUUACAAGGCCUGUCAAAAGAAGAUUGAGCUGGCAAACAAGGUUACCGGCGUGAUUGAAGAAUCCGCUGCGGAGGCGAGCAAGAAUCUCGAGCAGGAAGUGCGCAAGAUGAUGGAAGAGCAAAUGACACCCCCGUAG